AUGGAUUCCGAUUCUGAGAAGACGAUGGCGACGCAAACCGCCCAGAGCGAGCGGAAUGAUGGGAUGCAGCCGCAGCCCGAGCUGCUGAUGGCCGCUCGCCAUGGCGAUCGCGAGCAGCUGAUGCGUCUUCUGGUGCUGGGCCGCACGGUGGCGCUGGCUUCGUCCCAGCUGCCGGCAGACGAAGUCGUCGUGCAUGUCGAGGAGGAGGCGGGCUGCGUCCUACCGACCGUGGAAGAUGCCGAAGUGACGCCGGCGGACGCGGUCACCGUCGGGCUGGACUCCGUCCUCCAUGUGGUGGCGUCCAGCGGCGAGGACGCCGAGUUCCUGGACAGCGCGUCGGUGAUCUACGGCGAGGCCAGCCACCUCCUCGUCGCCGGCAACAAGAAGGGCGACACGCCGCUGCACAGCGCCGCCCGCGCCGGGAGGGCCAGGAUGGUCCGCCGGCUCCUGGAUCUGGCGAGGAGCGGCGCCGCGGGUGACGCGGCGGCGAAGGCGUUCGCGAGGAGGCAGAACAAGAUGGGGGAGACGGCCCUGCACGACGCCAUCCGUCUGGACAGCGAGGACAUGGUCGACGCGCUGAUGUCCGCCGACCCGGAGCUCGCCCGCGUCGUGCCGGCCGACGGCGACUCGCCGCUGUACCUGGCCGUCUCUCUUGGACGCCGCGGCAUUGCACAGCAGCUGCUUCAGCGAGACAAGGCGCUGUCCUGCGCUGGACCGGACGGGAAAAACGCCCUGCAUGCUGCUGUUCACAAGGGCAAAAGUAAGUUUUUGCGCAUCUUUUUUACAGUGCAUCGAGAUGGUUUGCACCCUUGA